AUUUCCCGAAUAUAACGCGCACUUUUUUUCCCCAAAAUCAACUUGUAAACUCAUGGUGCGCAUUAUAAACGGGUACAUGGAUGGAGACAGAAAUAUAUAUGUAUUACAUAUAUAUAUAUAAACCGAUUUUUUUUCAUUGACACGGCCACGUUGUGUUGAAGAAACGUAUGCGGCGACGGCGACCCGUUGCCGACCAUCACGGUACGUGACGUCACCAUUUUGUUUCGGUAAUACUUCACUCUAAUCGGCCGAAUGAUUUCGUCUGUGUUAAAUUCUGCUUUUUUCACUCUUCAUAAAGCACAGAAUUUAGUUUCUUGAACUCAUUUGAGUCGACGUUUAUUGCAGCUCCGCAAUUCAGACCAUAACAAAUGUAAGGACACACACUUCCUGUGUCCGUCAACUAUAUCGGUCCCUCGUGAAACUCAAACCCAAAUGACAAUAGUUCCUUUGGUUACUGUCGUGUUGACAGUGAUGAGCUCUCACGGAUUUCCGACUUACGUUCUGACUUUCAUUUUACCGUAUCAAUCCAUGGAAGAAACAUUUAUUCAUCAUGAGGAAACGAGCAAGUUAUACACCAGCCUUUAAAAGAAAAGUCACAUCCGUUUUGUUUUCUCCUAGAUUCUGUUUUGUGAUCGCAGGUAUGUCUCAAGACAGUCAACACGGCAAGUGGAGCGUCUCCAGCAGUGAUGAUGACGAUGAAGAUCUUCCUCCGUCGGGCACGCCGUCCAAACCCUCUCAAGCACCCACGUCCAAUCACAGCUCGCGCUCAUCCCCCGUCCCGAAAGUAGAAAAUGUUACAUUGGAGGUUACGCGCUCUUCCCCUGUACCGAAAGUAGAAAAUGCUUCAUUGGAAGUUAAACCAGAACCAUGUCCGACACCUGCGCUUGUGGUCGGUUCUGAGGCCAGACAGCAGGCUGCGAAAAACCAGAUGAACCCUGUCAAGUAUGAGUCCUCUCCAUCUUUGGCCGGUAAGAGGAAGAUGGAUCCGGCAGAUGGCUCUGGCUGGGCGCUCUCUGACAGCGAUGAUGAUGAUGAUGAUAAUGCUAAGAAGAAAACUAACCCACCACCAACAAGGAAGGUUCCUAGUCCAAAACGCCAGAAGGUGGCGGGCGAACGCCCUCCCAGCCCUCAUGGGCGCGUCUACUAUAUCGACGAGCCCGACGACUUCUUUGAGUCCUCCGUUCCAUGUCUGGAUGACAUGUUUCGGUUUUACCUCAACAAGGUGACGGGCCUGGACAGAAAAUACAACAGUGGCGCGUUGCAUAUCAGAGACAUCCUCUCACCAUUAUUUGGAACGCUAAAAGAGUCAGUUCAGUUUAACUACUGUUUUGACAUCGCUUGGAUGGUUCAGCAGUAUCCUCCAGAGUUCAGAGAUCGUCCCGUUCUGAUUGUCCACGGUGACAAGCGGGAGGCCAAGGCUCGGCUGUUGCAACAGGCUCAUUGCUUCCCUCACGUUCGCUUCUGCCAGGCCAAAUUAGACAUCGCUUUUGGAACGCACCACACAAAGAUGAUGCUGCUGUGGUAUGAGGAGGGAUUCCGAGUCAUCAUCCUAACUUCCAACAUGAUCCGAGCAGACUGGUAUCAGAAGACACAGGGGAUGUGGAUGAGUCCUCUGUUUCCAAGGUUGCCAAAAGGAAGCAGUGACACCUGUGGGGAGUCGCCUACAUUCUUCAAGCGAGAUCUGCUGGAAUAUUUGGCAUCCUACCGGGCACCUGAGCUGGAAGAGUGGAUCCAGCGGAUCAAAGAGCACGAUCUUUCGGAAACCAAAGUCUAUCUGGUUGGCUCCACUCCUGGCAGGUAUGUGGGUCCAGACAUGGAACGUUGGGGCCACCUGAGACUCAGGAAGUUGCUUUACGAGCACACCAGCUCCAUCCCUGACGAAGACCAAUGGCCAGUGGUAGGCCAAUUCUCCAGCAUCGGCUCAAUGGGGGUGGACAAAACCAAGUGGCUGGCGGGGGAAUUCCAGCGCACCUUGACCACACUUGGGAAAUCGUCUCUUCGGCCCAACCCUCCUAUUCACUUGUUGUAUCCAUCAGUGGAAGACGUCAGGACGAGUUUAGAAGGUUAUCCUGCCGGAGGUUCCCUUCCCUACAGCAUCCAGACAGCGCAAAAGCAACUUUGGCUGCACUCCUACUUUCACCGAUGGCAGGCUGAUGCAACCGGACGGACUCACGCCAUGCCCCACAUCAAGACAUACAUGAGGGUGUCACCCGAUUUCACUGAGCUGGCGUGGUUCCUCGUAACCAGUUCCAACCUGUCCAAAGCGGCAUGGGGAGCUCUGGAGAAGAACAACACACAAGUGAUGGUUCGAUCCUAUGAACUCGGCGUCCUCUACGUGCCAUCGGCCUUUAACAUGAAGACAUUUCCAAUACGGAAAAACCCGUUUCCCUUCUCGUCAUCAUCCUCUGGUUUCCCAGUGCCAUUUGAUUUACCUCCGACAUGCUACACACCUAAAGAUCAACCUUGGAUCUGGAACAUCGCAUACAGUCGGGCUCCAGAUACACAUGGCAAUGUUUGGGUUCCCACCUAAAUAAUAGACACUGAUUAGAUAGUGAACGCUACAGAACCUGUUUUCAGUUGGGGUGCAUUUUUAGCUCAGUGUCUUUUCUCACGCUGACGAAAAAUGAACCCCCUUUCUAUAUCUGGCUAGGAAGGUCACACAUCCAUGAAACUCACUCCACCAUUGCACAACAAAAAGCAUUUUUGCUGGCUGAAACAGAACCAAAAAAAGAACUUAAUUGAGUGAAUUCCAUGUGUAUGAGCAUAGCAGGAAGAGGGACAACAAUCAGAGCGAGUUUCAUGGAUAUGAGUAAGUGGGUCCUCCGUGGAUGUUCUUCUCCAGAUGUGAUAGGCUCAGGUGAAGAGCAGAGUAGAUGGCAUCCUUGGUGGACCGCUAUAGGCAAACUGGAGCCUCUCAAAGCACUUCAUCAUGUUGGGACUCCAUGUCACGGACCGAUAAUCAUUAAGUGAUGUGAUUUGAGAGUGAAACAUGACCGGACAGUAGCUUUUUUUUAAUGUGAUAUUUUCGGGCUUGUAACUGUCAGAUUUGUGUUGAUAUUAAUGCUAUUUUCAUAUUUUUGUACGGUAAACAAUAAAAAAAAAAAACUGUUAGCUUGUUACAUGACAUCAGC